GGGGGGUCGGCCCCGAAUUGCCCACAGCACCCACCCGCCCAGCUGCCUGUCCUCGAGCAGGAAGUAGCAGGUCCCCAGACAUUUGCAGGUGGGAACCAUGUCUCAGCCUGCCAAGGCCUCCACAACAGCUGCAGCGAACCCAGGGCCGGAUAGCAAGGGGAAGGGGGCCCCGCCCGCAGGCCUGGCCCCAGGUCCCGGCUCCGCCCCGGCCCCAGCAUCUGUGCCCAUGCCCACUGCCAAAGUGGGGGACCUGCCCCCUGGGAGCUACCGGCUGGUGGUCUUUGAGCAGGAGAACUUCCAGGGCCAUCGGGUGGAAUUCUCCGGGGAGUGCUCGAACCUGGGAGACCGCGGCUUCGACCGAGUGCGCAGCCUCAUCGUCAUCUCUGGACCCUGGGUCGCCUUUGAACAGUCCAACUUCCAGGGGGAGAUGUUCGUCCUGGAGAAAGGCGAGUACCCGCGCUGGGACACCUGGUCCAGCAGCCACCGCAGCGACCGGCUCAUGUCCUUCCGCCCCAUCAGGAUGGACUCCCAGGAGCACAAGCUCUGCCUGUUUGAAGGAGCCAACUUCAAGGGCAACACCAUGGAGAUCCAGGAGGACGAUGUGCCCAGUCUCUGGGUCCACGGCUUCUGUGACCGCGUGGGCAGUGCGAGGGUCUCCAGUGGAACCUGGGUAGGCUAUCAGUAUCCCGGCUACCGCGGGUACCAGUACCUCCUGGAGCCUGGGGACUUCCGGCACUGGAACGAGUGGGGAGCCUUCCAGCCGCAGAUGCAGGCGGUGCGCCGCCUGCGUGACAAGCAGUGGCAUCGGGAGGGCUGCUUCCCCGUCCCGGCUGCGGAGCCCUCCAAGUGAGUCCACACUCCCCCGUUUCUCCCUCCUCUCAUCCGUUCCUCAGGCUCCAUUUCCCCGUCUUUCUCCUGCAAAUAAAAGUUCCUAAAGCCAAAA